GUUUCCAGAAGAACUUGCCAGUAGACAUGGUAUAUGACGGAGACGGAAACGUUAUGCACUUCAUUCCCAACAUUCAAACCAUUCGCAGUCAGAAAAAGACCAUACAGCUAUUGUUUAACAAAUAUGUCUAUACCAAAAGCAACACUCACGGAAACACCACAUACUGGCACUGCCGUAGUCGUCGCAACGGAAGAAGCCCGUGCAACGCUCGCUUUCUCAUCACUAAGCUCAAGAACGGGCGGUACAAGGUUUGUCUGUCCCAGCCGGAGCACAAUCAUCCGCCUACGAAGCGCCAAUAUAAACAGAAUAAAUAGAUUUUAAGCUGAGCGAAAUAUAAACGCGCCAUGAAUUGGCAAACAGCA